AUGACCAGAAUGCGAUAUGAAGCGGGCUGGUCGUCGCGGAGGGCGUCGGCAGGAGCUGGUGCGGUGAGGAGGGGAGAAAGGGGCUCGGAGGGGAGAUGUGUGUGGGGUUUUGAGGAUGGGCGCGGUGGUGAGAGGAAGAAGGGUGAUGGACGGAUGAGAGGCGGAAGCCUCCCCACGCAGGCGCCGGCCAACAAAGCCGCGUUUGGCGAGCGUGCCGCCGGGGAAUUGCCUCAUCGGGGAAUCUCCGGCUACUUCGCCUCCGGGUGGCAGCUGCCUCCGUUCGCAACUCUAAUGCACACACCAGCUGACAGUGCCCCCGUUCAUUCCAGCCACUGCUCGCCCUCGCACACACACAAGCGCGCCCCACGCCAGCCCGCUGACGCCCGUCCGUCCCCAGUCAAAUCCAGCUCGCUUUCUGUCGCCGUCGCGCCCAAGCUCGUCCGCGCGAAUGCUCGCGGUGUGCACCAUGACCCCACGCAUGCCAUCCGACGCUCCACCGGCGAUGCCAGUCGCACGGCGGCUGCACAGACAACGCGCGCGACGGGCUCGGGCCAAGGCGCGGGCAAACCAGUGCAAUGUAACCGGGCUUGGCAUGCGCCCUGGGCGCAAGUGCCGGCAGGAGGCGCGGGAACAUGGUUGAUUCCCGGAGUCGGGAUCUGACAGAUUGACAUGCCGGAGUUCCAUUUACAAUGCCCAG